AUGUCUUCGGGAUUUAUCUUGGCUGAAAACGCCUUCGGCUACAUUCGACCGGUUCGCCGCGGAGAUCUCGACCCUGAAUGCCUCCCUGGCGUGACUCUGCUGUUCAACCUGACUGGUCAUGUAGUGGGACGUGGCCAUCCCGACGCUGAUGUUCGAGUACGGGUGGACUCCCGCAAGGUGUUCGUGGGCAACAACCACGCUGUUAUCUCCUGGGAUAGUAACUCGAACACGGCUACAAUCAUGGAUCAGUCCCAGAACGGCACCUGGGUGAAUGGGCUGAAGUUGACGCGCCGUGUCGUAUGCGAAUUAAGGAAUAACUCUAUGAUAUGGCUCGGACCCCCGUAUCAUGAGCUCUCGUGCGGUGAGUUGAGCCUCCUACAUCGCAUUGACUGGGAGAGAUUGCUCAUUUGUAUCGAUAAGGACUGUUGUUUGAGAAUACGCGCGGAGUUUUUGCACAACUGGCGGCCGCAGUGUCCCAAAUCCGUGCUCAUGGAGGAUCGGGACAUCGCGACAUUCAACCCGUGGUACGUGCUUAGCAUCCUCUCCCUCAGCAGCCAUUAG